AUGGAGAAUUUGGCGGGCCCCGCAUUUCCGCGCUCCUCCUUGCGCUUGCAAGUGCUGCUGUACUUGGAGGGAUGCCUGACGCCUGUACUGGCCCUGGUGGUGCUCUUGCUGCUGAUGGUGAAGCCUUACUUCCACCGCUACCCACCAGGAGUUGCGCUAGGGGAGUUUGUGCUGAUGUUGCUGCACGUGCCCAUACAAGGGCUCCGCGGCUGGCUGGGCACAGCCGGCAACAAGCAGGAGCGUGCAGUGUUCAUGGCUGGGUUUCUGGGCCUCAGCGUUUGGACGGUGCUGGUCACCGGGUACUUCAUGCUGCUGCAGACCUGCACCCUCUGGCUGGAGACCCUGCUGGCUGGAGCUGCCCUGUGCCUGGCACUGUUGGAGGCGCUGGACGGGGGGCUGUCGGGCAGCCUCUUCUGCGACGGCUUCUGGGAGUUUGGCUUGGUGUUUCUGGGCUUCGGCGCCUCUGGUGCAGCGCUGGCGCUGCUGCUGAGCCGAGCCGUGAGCUGGGUGUAG